CAGAAGGAGGAAUUUGCAUGCAGUAGCACAUUGACAUGUACAUCAAUGUGAGUGUGAGUGUGAGUAUCUCCAUUCCCAAUCUCAAACGGCAAAGCUUCCUCUUCUUACAUAUCCUGAUUCUUGAUAUUUUUGCAAUUUGUUAAUUUUCUUUCUUUCCUCAACCCAUUUUCUCUCUCUCCCUCCCCACCAUUUUUGUUCUUCAACCAGAUUCUGGAAUGGGAUAAGGCCGUGCCUGUUUGCUACUUCCUUCAAUCUGAAACACCAGACUGAAUCUUUGACGACAAUUUCAACAUUUUCCCCACAGCCCACCACAUCACGUCACUUGGUCCCAUGAAAGAUCUGAUUUUUAGUUCUUGGGGGGUGGGGUUUCUGCCGUUUUUCCUUUCGUCAUUGGUAUCUGCAGAUUGCAUAAACAGAAUGGUCAACACUUUUUGCUCACCUUGUGUACUUUAAAUUUGUUAGAGAUAUUGGUGGUUUUAAUUUGAUUUUGACUGAACGAAUGAGAUCUUGAUGAGGGUUGGAACCAUUUUUUUGUUCUCAUUGUUGCCAUUACUUCUUUCUCUGCCACUUUCAAUCGCUCAGCUCCCACCUGACACUGCAAUGUCAUCCCGGACCCUUGAUGCCAUUCUUCAAGAUUGCGCCUUUAAGGCAUUUUUGAGGCCAAAAACUGGGGUACCCUAUGAUGCCCAAGUGCCCAGAAACCUAACGGGGAUUAGAGUUUCAGCAAUGAGGCUUAGGAGUGGUAGUCUGAGGACCAGAGGUGUUGAAAGGUACGAAGAGUUUCAGAUCCCAAUUGGGGUGUUUGAACAGCCUUAUGUGGAGAGGCUUGUUUUGGUGUACCACAACUUGGGCAACUGGUCUGAGAAGUUUUACCCUUUGCCUGGUUACUCUUAUUUGGCUCCUGUUUUGGGUCUGAUGUCAUACAGUGGUGCCACUUUGAAUGCUUCUGAGUUGCCUGAAUUGGACAUUAGAGCUUCUGAUAAGCCAAUUUUGAUCAAGUUCCCUCAUGUAAAACCAGCACCAUCAGGGUCAGUGCCAAAGUGUGUGUACUUUGAUCUACAAGGUUCUGUGCAAUUUGACAUCCUAUCACAUGGUAAUGUAUGUUCAACAGUCCAACAAGGCCACUUCUCUAUUGUUGUGGAGUCUAAUGCCCCAUCUCCAGCACCUGCUGCUGUUGCUGUGGCUGCUGAUGUUGGAAAAGGAGGUACUAGGAACAAGCACAAGGUGUGGAUAAUUGUUGCAUCAUUUGUUGGUGGGUGCCUGUUGUUGAUCAUGUUGAGUCUAUUGAUUGCUAAAGUGAGGAGAACCAAACAAGGGAUGAAGAUUCAGCAGUUGGAAUGGGCAGCUGAGAGCAAUGAAACUUUGCAUAUGGCAUCCAUUGGAGGCACCAAAGCACCACUAGCAGUGGGGACUCGCACAAGACCAACGAUUGAAAAUGAUUAUGUACCUUAGAUUUCAGGAUUCUUGUUGGAUCCACUUUUCUCUUUUUCGCUGCUUUUUGGAAUUUUUGUGUUCAUAAUGAGUUCAAAAAAUGCUUUAGUUUCCC